AUGCCUUCCCAGUGCCACACGGGGGUGCUGAGUGACUGAAUUUGUUAAUGUUGGUGGACUGGAAUCACAUUAUGUAUGGCAGAUCAAAACUUCCAACCGGUGGAUUCAUUUAACCCUGGUGGGGUAACCUAGUGGGAUUGCUUAGCAAAUCGAGUGUCAUUGUAUGCAGGAAUCCUUGCUGAAACGCACCACGAUUCAUUUGUUCAAAGAAAAUACUAGCGGUGCAAGUUCAGCCAAUAAAUAUGUGUGAUUAAUUCUUCAGUAGGGUGAGUGUGAUGUUGGGUGGUCCAUUGAUGGCAUUUUAUUUGAAGACCUAUGAAAACAUUGAUUUGUGGGUUUAUACAGUCAGCUGCCAUGUGGUCCUUAAUAGUAUCCUUCAUGCAUAUGUUUGCUUGGGAUGUAAUGCAUUAGGAGCGCCUUGAAAUGCAGGUCUGUGUGAGAGUGAGGGGGAAAAUGAUCCCUUUUCCUUAUUUUUUUAGCCAAAAGCUGGGUCUCUUGGAUCGGGUUCGUGGUACCAAUACUAAAGGAAAGCUAUUUACCCCUCUGAAUGUAGAUGCAAUUGAAGAAAGUCCUUCUAAAGAACCUAAGACUGUUGCCUUGAAUAAUAGGGAGCGUUUUCGCACUGCAUUCCGAAUGAAAGCUUAUGCAUUCUGGCAAAGCUCCGAAGGUAAAAGGUUCACAUUGAUUUCUGUUUCAAUUUUCCCGGGCUAUUUCACCGAUCACUCUCUCCAUUUUCUGAGUCCCUUUGGCUGGAGUUGAAAUUGAAUGUUGCACAAAUGUAUAUUCUGGAAAAGCUCUGAAUUUUCAGCUGAGUCUCUCUCUCUCUCUCUCUCUCUCUCUCUCUCUCUCUCUCUCUCACACACACACACACACACACACACACCCUGCUGAAUUUUCAAUUAGGAGGACAUUUUCAAAACAGCAAAAUCUUACUUCUUGUUAUCCGAACAAAGUUCGAUCACAAGCCCUGUUUGUUUGCUUAUUAUCACUUUGUUGAAUAUUUAGAUCUUGGAAUGAAAUUUGGUGCACACAUUCAGGACACGAUUCUGUUAUUUCAGGUUUUAAAAACUAGUUCGACCCACACAACCAUUUUAAACUAUGAGAAAACACACCUCACAAAACAGUACCUUCCUUGACUCUUAAGACUCUUAAGACAUUGCAUUAUGAACUUUCGCAUUUUUCAGGGAAUCCAUAGCUCAGUUCACACACACAUUUUCAAGAGUGUCAGGAAAGGCGUACACAACACUGUUCAAUAUUUGCCCUGAAGACAGAGAAAAAGAAAUGAGAAGUAAUGUGCACAUUCAGGUCAACCCGCCCCCCUGUAUUUUGGAGUAGUAGUGGCCAACAUCAAUUCUACCUUGUGAAUUUGGUACACAUAUGGUUUGGCCCUUGAGGUGUUUUCUUUUGCUCCCAGGUUAAGUCAUGUAAAUACUGCCAGGUAAUACGAAGAAUGUUAAUGUGUGUCAGAAAUCCUGCUCAGCCACACAUUAGGUUGUGUCCUCGGGGCUAUCAGGUUGUUGUUUUUAUUUUCGUUAGGUAUUUUGUGGUUUUAUAUCUUGAUUUUAUUAUGUGAACUGCCCUGAGCCCCCCGGGUACAGGGCGGAAUAUAAAUCCAAUAAACAACAACAACAACAACAACAACAACAACAACAACUUAAUUGGGACUAAUACUUUAAGCAUGGUUUUAUUCAGGCAACAUAGCUAAUUAACAAGUGUCAAAAGAGUAGGGUUUUGUUUUGUUUUGUUUUGUUUUAGCUAAAGAAGAAUGCAUGGUGAACUGUUCAUUUCAAGAGAACUAGUUUCUGACUUCUACAUUGUUGGCCUGUAUAACAUUUGGGAGCCACGGUUUUUGAUGGGUGGUAACUAUGGGUUUGCACAAAGACUUCCACUUGUACAAAGGAAUAUCAUCUUCCUCUCCUCCUGUGGGCACCCCAGAUCUGGUCUGGUCUGGGGGUUCCACCAGUCCUCCAAAGCAUAUUUUUUGGAUAGGGGAGCAUGGGGAGAGAAUAAUGGAAUUUUUCAUUGUGCAUGCAGAAGUCUUGUGCUACUGGGACAUUUUCAAUGGAUACAACCCAAUAAUACGAGAAUUUAGCUGGUACUGUAGGAGCAGCUCCACUUUGCUCUGAACUCUUCUGCAUCUGCCCUUCCUUCAUGUGGAUUCUUCACUCACCUUUUAGAUGCUGGAACUGGGGAUCCUCUGGCAGAAGACAGAGGGUACAGCAAUGAGCUCCUCAUUGAAGACAUGAUCCCCACGCUGAAAGUGGUCAUCCGAGCUGUCAGGUAAAGUCUGUGCUUGUUGUCCUCUUUUGCCUCAGUUUAAAAUAUUGGCCCCUGUAAACCCGACCUUUGAGAUGACUGCAACUAGGGGAAAACUUAGUUUUUCUUGUUUUCCCAAUCUCAAGGUGCAUUUAGAGCUGGCGAAAAGCAUUGCAAAAUUCAGAGAAGUGCAAAUCUCAGUGAGUGGCUGUGUUUCGGUUUGCAAGUUGUUUUGGGAAGUGCUGCUUCACCUUAGUUUUUUGUUUAGAAUAACAGCACUAUUUUUUAAUAACGGCAUUAUGAUAUUGACAGUUUUAUUUCCAAUUGUAGCUACCUAGAGCAGCCCGUUAGCUAGUUAGAGCAGAUGUUAUUGGCUAUACCUCCUGCUAUGUAUGCCAAUUGGUCACGUUGAGUGGGGCUGAUGGGCGCUGGAGGUGAGCCAGCGUGGCAAAGGCUGAACUAUGGUUAGCGCAGCAGUCUAAUAAGCAAGGCUGAUAUUUAAACACAGAUACAUAUGCAAUCCCUUCCUCUAUGAGAAUGGCGGGAACUAGCCAAGGGAAACCCCAGCGAUAAACAUUCUCUCCUUCUACCAGAAUACUACAGUUCCGCCUCUAUAAGAAGCGAUUCAAGGAGACCUUGAGGCCUUAUGAUGUAAAGGAUGUGAUAGAGCAAUAUUCAGCAGGACACCUUGACAUGCUUACCAGGAUCAAAUACCUUCAAGCGAGGUAAGUGGCUCUGCUGCCAGCAGUGUGCUAAAGGUGUAAAGAUGUUCAGCUGGCAAGGACUGGCCCAGAAUUUCACAGUAUGGAUUAGAAGACUCUUUGGGGUUGCCAACCCAUGCACCAGUGAUGGCUGUAGGAGAUAUUCAGAAGUUACCACUUUGUACAGAAAACCCUGCCCACAUUUUGGAAGGUGCUUAAACUCACCCGUCCUCUGUCUGGCAAGGGAGGAAGGCAGAGGUAUAUGCACAUAAAUUCCCACAUACAUCAUGUCACCAUGCAGUAAAGAAACUAAAGUUGAGAUACUGACAGGAAUAUUAUCGGACAAACCAUAAGCUUGUUAAUGUCUGUAAAAUAAACUUGUUGGGGUUUUUUUGUUCACUUUUAACAACUGUCUGGACACAGUGUUUUACCAGAGAGUAACUGGUUGGUGGCAGCGGGGAAGCAAGCACAGUGGUGGUAUAGGGAUCAAUAGACCGUUAAACCUCUGGGGACCCUGUGUGAUCGCCACACACCCCUCAAAAGAACCCCAUAACCAAAUGGGAGCUAAAGCUAUUGAUGUAUUUGGAAGAUUUAUAGCACACCUUUUGAUCCUAGAAUGUAACUGGGGCCGCGGGCCAACAAUUAACGAAUCACACCUGUUUCAUUAUGUCCUCUUAUUGUCUUCUUUCAGAAUAGAUAUGAUUUUUGCACCUGGACCUCCGUCCACUCCCAAGCAUAAGAAAUCCCAGAAAGGAGGAGCCUUCCCUUAUCCUUCGCAGCAGUCUCCAAGGUGAAAUUCCACUGUGCACAGCUUGUUGAGAAUAGAUGACUGUCCAAAAACACCUAGAGAGCCAGUGUUGCCCAUCCCUGCUGUAGAUUUUACAAAAACCACAACCACCAAAACUCUUAAGUGAACCCUUGCAAAACCUGACCAUUUCUGGAGCUGGAGGUGGCAAAAGAGGGAGAUCCCCGGCCGCGCCCCCAUUAAAUAGGUCAGGCCAUGCCCCCAGAGCCAGCCGAUUGGCUGGCCAGGGGGUGAUGUGGCUGGGGAUUCCCCCAAUCACGCGGGGGCUGGGAGCGUGAAGCCGGCAACCCCACCUCCUCUGGAAGGCAGAAGUGAAAGAAUGUUUGCACAUCCUUAGAAAGACACAACAGACUUACGAACUAUUAACAGAGGCUGAUUGAAAGGGGAUAGGCAAAGCUAGAACAGUAAGUCGUACAGAGGUGCAUUGAUCAGCCUCAUUUGUGGAUGGGCCUUUUGGUUCACAGGAGCACUUCAUUAUAUAACAUCUUGUAGCACCUUCAUCAUUCUAUCAUAGUGCCUCCUGCCACACUAUUUGGGAAUCAUUGAGUUGGCCAUUCUGUGCUUCUUCAAAGGAGGACAUGGUAAGCAUUAGUUGGGCAUGAGGGAUGCACACAACCUCUCAGCAGCCUCAGCACCGCUCAGUCCAAAAACCACAUGCAACUCAUUCAGGUUUCUGUGCUGCUCUUGCCCUGGGGCCAAGGAAGCACCUACAGAAUGCACUGUCAAGCAGAUCAGUUGUCAAAGCACCACGGACAGCUCCUGCUGAGCAGCAUGCUCUGAUGGGGUCUUGGAGCCUUUUGACCCCAGUCCUUCUCUCCUGUGUUCUGCCUCCUUUGUUGGAGAACCUCAGGUGCUUAAAGGGCCAAUCCCCUGGCCUGGAGAAGGCCACUUCUCCUUCAUCCAAUGGCCUUCCACCAUGCCACAUAAGACUGGUGAGGUAGUGUGGGAGGCACUUAAUCCCUUGGGCCCAGAAGAAGUGGAAAUAUGAGUGAAAACAACAGCAAACGUUUUGCCUAAACUAGAGCCUUCUUUGCUUUUAGGAAUGAUCCGUAUGUAGCCAAAGCAUCGACAGUAGAUCCUGAAGACCAAAGUAUGAUGGGCAAAUUUGUCAGAGUUGAAAGACAGGUAAGGAAUUCUCAGCUCUUCCCAAGUCUUCCCUAUAACAUCCACUUAUAACAUAUAACAUGCCUAUAGCAAUAUAUAUAUGUGUAACAUGGCUAUAAUGAUGAGAUUUUGUAUAUAUAUUUUGUACUGGUGACCAUCUUUUUUGCUACAGUUGGCUGCAGAAGAUGUGGAAAGGCUUAGGUGGAGACUCCAGACUUCCUUGAAGUUCGUGUUGAGUUUGCAUCUGGCCCCAGUGACGCGCUGCUUUCCAGAUGCACUCUUAGUCCAGCACUCGAAAGCAAAAAUUGCUUCCCUCUGCCAUACAUGAAAUACCACCCUCCUGAUUGAACAUGCUUACAGAUUCCAAAUGGCUAAAGCGAGCUAUUGAUAAGGGGACAUGUAAACAAGCUCUUGGUACAAACUUGCUCCAAGAGAAGAUGUAGAAACGUAGGUGAAAGCUCCUCUCUCCAUCACAGCCUAACAUGAAAACUCUGGGGGAAAGGGCUUAUCUUCUGCGGUGGAGCACAUGUUUUAGCUGAUUCUGUGAAAUCAUCCUGUUUAAAACCAUAGAGAGUGGCUUCAAGUCAGUGUAGACUGUGGCUAGUCUGGCCCUGUAGAUCAAGUGUGGGGAGCUGAAUUACAACUCCUAUCAUCCCUGGUCAUUGGCCAUGCUUGCUGGCACUGAUGGGAGUUGUAGUUGAGCAAGAUCGGGUGGCCAAUGGUUCCCCACCCCUGGUCUAGAAGUUGCUGGACUACAACUCCCAUCACCCCUGACUGUUGGCCAUGCUGACUGAGGCUGAUGGGAAGUGGAGUUCCAACAAAAUCUGCAGGGUCACAGGUUUCCAUGGUCCUUGGUGGAGACCAUGAUGAGCUAGAAAGAACAAUGGUUCCUUGCCGCAUGUGAUUGGAUGGCCAAUUGCUCAUUGUCCUCCAGUCUGAUGGGCUCUUCUCUUUCAGGUCCAUGACAUGGGGAAGAAAUUGGAUUUUUUGGUCGAUAUGCACAUGCAGCAUAUGGAGCAUCUCCAAGUCCAAGUGUGCCCUUCAAAAGAAACUGUGUCCGCAGCAGAGGAUAACAGAUAUUCUGAACUGAAGUCCAUCAUUUACAAAUAUUCUGAGCCUUCUAUUCAUGAAAUGCCUCCGAGUUUCCACCAUGUACCGGUGAACAAAGUCCCCCCUUUUGGCUUCUCGACGCAGGGCUGCGACGUUGGCCCGCUCUCGUUGCCGUUGGGCGGUCAGAACUCCGGUAGGUGGCAGGCCAUGCCGUUCUCAACUUCGUACGCUGAAAGGCCGACGGUUUUGCCUAUACUCACCUUCAUUGACCCCCACGUUUCCUACCGUUCCCCACCAGGAGACCUCCAGAGCCCCCACUCAGACAGAAUCUCUUCCAGGCAGAAACAUAGCCUGACGAGAGACAGCGACACUCCCUUAUCCCUCCUCUCUGUCAACCAUGAGGAACUUGAACGAUCGCCAAGCGGGUUCAGCAUCUCCCAAGACAAGGACGACUUCCUUUUCGGGUCGAACGGGGGCUCAAGCUGGAUGAAGGAGAAGCGCUACUUGGCCGAGGGCGAAACGGACACGGAUACUGACCCUUUUACCCCAAGUGGUUCCAUGCCUCUUUCUUCUACAGGGGAGGGCUUCUCUGAUUCAGUAUGGACUCCGAGCAAGCCAGUUUAA